CCCGAUCAUACCUUUCCUCUACUCUGCCUAUCUCUGACUGAACCGAAACCGAUACUAAACUAAAACGACCCAUCAAAUCUCUGAAACAUCCCAGAUUCUGUAACUCGUAAAAAUCAAAUCUUUUAUAUGAAGGGUCUCCUCCGCUCUUUCCAUAGGCUCGGAGGUGUUAGAUUUUAUGCCGUGUUUGGCAGCAAGGACUUGAAGAUAGAUGGGGUUAAGGAUGUUAUAGCUGUUGCUUCUGGGAAAGGCGGUGUUGGCAAAUCCACCACUGCAGUUAAUUUGGCUGUUGCGCUUGCUAACAAGUGUCAAUUAAAGGUGGGUUUACUUGAUGCCGAUGUGUAUGGACCUUCGGUUCCGAUCAUGAUGAAUAUCCAUCAAAAGCCUGAAGUCACUGAAGAUAUGAAGAUGGUUCCAAUUGAAAAUCAUGGUGUUAAGUGUAUGUCAAUGGGAUUUCUUGUGCCGGAAAACAGCCCAAUUGUGUGGAGAGCUCCCAUGGUAAUGAGUGCUCUUCGUAAAAUGUCAAAGGAUGUUGAUUGGGGAAAUCUUGACAUUCUUGUGAUAGAUAUGCCCCCCGGAACUGGUGAUGCUCAGUUAACUACAACGCAGACACUGCAAUUAUCAGGUGCAGUGAUUGUCUCAACUCCACAAGAUGUUGCAUUAAUAGAUGCUCGUAGAGGAAUUGCAAUGUUCUCUAAAGUUUCAGUUCCUAUAUUGGGGCUGAUAGAAAACAUGAGCUGCUUUGUAUGUCCACACUGUAGUGAGCCUUCCUUCAUUUUUGGGAAGGGAGGAACUCGAAGGACAGCUACUGAAAUGGGUCUGAAAGUUAUUGGUGAGAUACCACUAGAAAUGGAUAUCCGAAAAGGUUCAGAUGAUGGUGUACCUGUAGUAAUAUCAGCACCUGAUUCUAUUGUCUCUAAAGCAUACAGUGAAGUGGCUGUUAAUGUGGUCAGAAGACUCGAGGAAGUGGCGCAAGAACAAUAACUUCAAUCCGGAAACUAAUUCU